UGUACAGGCCGAGCUGCUAGGUUCGCUGCAGUGAGGUUACUCCAGCAUUUGCCAUGCUAAGGAUUUGAUUUUCCGAUAUUGUUAUACUACAAUAUUUUCUUUCAUUCUUGUGAACAAUAGCUAUCCUCUAUUCUCUUUGCAUUAUGUGGAACGUUAAGUGGGAUUGUUCAAAAUAAUGGAUUUGACUGCUGUUUACCAACGUAAAGCUGGGUUGCUAUGCAAACUAGACUGAAAAUGUUCUGUUGUUGAAAUGAUAGAAUAUGGCUGAAUUAUUUUUUUUAAUUCGGCAUGAACUCUGACGAAUUUAAUAAAGAUUUCUCACAUUCAUCCGUUGGUAAAGUAAAACCUAAUGGAAGGCAACGUAAGGCUUCCUCCCUUCAAAAAGAAGAUAACGAUAAUUUGGAAGAAAGCAAAGUUAAAACUAAGCUGUUAUCAAUGUGGAAUAAUGUCAAGUACGGUUGGACUGUAAACCUAAAAACUAAUUUCUCUAAAAAUUCACCAGUAUGGUUAUUGGGCAGAUGUUACCACUAUAAGUUAACAGAGGACAGAAAUUUUGCUGUUUCAAGAGAAGUUGGUACAGAAGCUGAAGGUAUACAAGAAUUCAAGGUGGAUUUUUAUAGUCGACUUUGGCUCACGUACAGAAGAGAGUUUCCGCUGCUAAAUGGCUCAAGUUUUACAACAGACUGUGGCUGGGGCUGUAUGCUUCGUAGUGGCCAAAUGUUGCUUGCUCAGGCAUUAGUUUGUCAUUUACUUGGACGAGAUUGGCGAUGGUACGAAGAUCACGCUAUAGAAUCUAUUCGGUCUUUUAAAGAAGAUUCCAUGCAUCGGAGAAUCAUCAAGUGGUUUGGUGACAAUCCUUCUGUUAAUAGCCCCUUUUCUAUUCAUACUUUGGUGACCUUGGGAGAGUCUUCCGGAAAACAUGCCGGAGAUUGGUAUGGACCUGGAUCGGUGGCUCAAUUAAUAAGGAAAGCUGUUGAACAAGCGGCGAGGGACAGUGAAGAAUUGAAAGAAAUAUGUGUGUAUGUAGCUCAAGAUUGUGCAGUUUACAUUCAAGAUGUGCUUGACCAGUGCAUGGGUUCAGUAAAAAGUGCCAAUGAUGGGAAAUCAUUGUGGAAGGCACUUAUUUUGCUUGUUCCAUUGAGACUGGGUAUGGAAAAGCUGAACUAUAUGUAUGGACCGUGUUUAACUUCCCUGCUGCAGUUGGAAACGUGCAUUGGUAUUAUAGGUGGAAGGCCAAAGCAUGCACUUUAUUUUAUUGGUUUUCAAGAUGAUAAGCUGAUACAUCUAGAUCCCCAUUACUGUCAAGAAGUAGUAGAUGUGUGGCAGCCAAAAUUUCCACUUACCAGCUUUCACUGCAGAUCUCCAAGAAAGAUGAACAUAACCAGAAUGGAUCCAUCAUGUUGUGUUGGAUUUUAUUGUCGGACCCAAGGCGACUUCAGAAAUUUUGUUCAGUCUGCACAACCAGUUUUGGUGCCACCUACAGAAACUGCUAACUGCCCCAUAUUUGUGUUUAGUGAUGGCAGGUCCAGAGAUACUUUAGCUAUGAAGUGUGUUAUUCCUGACUUUGAUAAUGAGCUAAGAGAUGACAGCUGUCAAAGUAAUAAUGAUCUGGGAACUGAUGACUUUGAAUUUCUCUGAGGAGUGGGCUUAUCAUAAGAAAAUUUUUUUUCUUAUAAAACCCAAUUUUUUUUUGUAGAAGCUAAAAAUAUAUUUUGGAGAUUUUACAUUGAGAAGAUUGAAAUAGAUCAUUGCGUAAGUAAUAAGUGAACAUUUUGUUUGUGAUAAUGGUAUAUAUAUUUAUUAUCUUUAAAUGUGUGCAGAAAUAAUCAGAGCAAACGUAUGAAAUUACAAUUUAAUCAUAGCACAUUUUAGUUUAGUGUAGCAAUUUUAAUCAGUAGGCAAGUCGUCAUCAUUUAUAUUGUCUAUUGUAACAAGAACAGUAAAGUUCAACAAUUAAUUAGUUUGAGUCAUCUGCAGUUAAUCAAUGCUUAAAAAAAUUCUCACUUCUCACUGCAGAUAAACAUAAUUUGGGUACAUACAGCUAAAAUAUUUGAGUAAGCUUUGACACUGACUUACAGAUUUACACAGCACAUGAUCAUCCUCGCUAACAUGAGCAGAACAUUAUUUCAUGUAGACCUAAUGUGUAAAUUAUCUUCUAUGACGUCUAUAUCAUCUUUGCAUGUUAGAUGUUCUCUGUGGUAAAAUACUAAUGUUAGCUGCAAGUAAGGCCCAUUUUUUGAUUAAUAUAAUGUUAUUUAGGUAACUUUAACCUUAUGGUAUUAUGUUUUUGCUAGAGUUUAUAUUAUGUUAAAAUAUUUUGAUUCAGGAAAAUGGACAGAAAGAAUGUGAAACCACAGGCUUCACCUCUGCAGUCACUUUCCUGAGGAUACAAAACACUAGUGCUUCAACACUAAACUAAGUUUGUGGCAUUAAACGUUAGACAGUCGCUGCACUUAUUUCAGGAAUAAGCGGGAAGGUGACUCUUGAUGUAAGUUCAAGUCCCUGAGAAGUUUGAUACUGCAAAUACUGAGUUCAGGGUGCCCCUUUAAUGUCCUUGCCUCCUGUGCAUUCCAUUGUUAGGAGGAGAAAUUAGUAAUGAAUCAAAUUCUAACUUUGAAGCUCUAUACAAAUAUAUUGGAAUCCUAUUAAAAUUAUCUCUUGUGAAAUAUCGUUUUUCUUUGUGACUUGGUCAAAUUAAAAAAAAAACAGUAACCGAUCAUACUACGUAGGAGUCCGGGUAUUUACUUACAAUGCUUUUUCAAAUUAUAUUCGGUUUAUCAGUUAAUAUAAUUAUCUAUGCCCAUCUUGCUUAAAUACACUAACAAACUAUGAAUUAAGUAUAUUUUGAUCAAGAUGAAAUGGCCUUGUGUGGUGACAAUGUUCAAGUGAUCAGUUUGCAUACUAAUUUGGUGCAGCUCUCCGUACCCUCUUUCAGUGCCUUAAUCUUUAUAUCUCCUGGAAAUUAGCACAUCUUACAUCUAUUAUAACAUGCUUCAGUUGUUCAAGCCUUCACUUAGCUCUACAGUUCUCAAAAAUGUAGUUCUCUAAUUCUAAGUUAAUCAUACCACCAUCUUCUGCCCAUAUGAACAUUUGGUUUCAAAUGCUUUAUUUCAUUUUCAGAGAUAACAUUGAUCUGUGUUUUACUUGCAUUUAAAGAGCUGCACUUCAUUCAAUAAUUUUAUUUUUCCAAAAGGUUUUUUUUUAUAAUUUGUUAUUUGCUAGAGUUAAAUCAAUUUUUCUUUUGCAGAAACAUUGUAAUUUGCCAAUUUAUUAGUUAUUGCAUACUUCGAUUUCAUUACUUUCAUCUAACAAGCGGAAGGUGUGAGUCAGGGCUCACCGAUUUGGCUUAAAUUGUGAGUAUUCAGCAUCCUAAAAUAUCUUGCCUGAGUGGGCCCUAGGAAGCGAGAAAAGGUUCUUUAAAGAUUUUAAAGAGAGUUUGAGGGAUAUUUUUUCAUGAAUUCUUGAGUAAGUGGCAUGGCACAGUGAUCAAGCGCACUGUCUGGCAAUCUGCUGGCUUGGUUUCGAUACCCAAUUGCUUCCUAGGGCUCACUCAGGCGAGUUUUUUUAGGACGUUGAAAGGGGCACCUACCUGCUUCUGCUCACACAAAGCCAAAUCGGACCUCCCCUUGUAAUUUUUUUGAUUCAGUCUCCGCUUGGCUGCCAAGUGGGGAAGUGUAAAUUUUCUUAACCUGCUUCUGAAUUGUUUAAGCUAUGUUUAAUGAAUAAGUUAGUUUGUAAGGAGUCUUCCGUUAAGCCUGCUGACGUAAAUUUUGAAGACUUAAAUUAUUAUCAGUGUACAAAAUUAUUUAUUUUCAUACUUUGCUGCUUAUUUAUGUCAACAUUGUUUUCAGAUUCUCUACCGAUUCUGCCAUAGUUACCAGAUAAUAUUAACUCAACGUAUAGAAUAAACAGGCUAGAAACUGCAAGCCUUGUCUUACUUCUUUCUGUUGUUUUUAAUACACGUUUUACUGGAUUCUGAUUUUUAUACUGGAUGUGUUUAAUCCUUUUCUCUAUUUUUAACAUUUUGUUAGUAUCAACAUUAUCAUAGACUGUGAAGACAAGACAGUUGUAAAUAAUUUAUAAUGAAUGAACAAUGUAUUUAUGCAAUUUUUUUGAAAAAAAAAAACAUUUAUAUUUGGUUUUAAUCACUAUUACUGAAGAUUGUGGAUAGACAGCAACUUUAAAUUUUGUUUUUUUUAACAAGAGCUUUUUAAAAUGUGUACUGAAUUUAAAUUAUGUAUAGCAUAACUUCACCUAACCAAGUUAAUUGGGGAUAUCACAUGCUCAAAUUUUCUGUUAUGCUUUAGAAAAAGCUUUUGUGAUAACUCAUGAUGACAAUAGUCCAGUGGCCACCUAUGAUUUAUCAGCCUACAAAGAUGCAGCAUCUUAUAGCCACGAAUCACAAAUACCGUUAAUUAUGCCCAAAGUCUUAAAUAAACCAAAAUGUACUUUUAUUAGAUGUAAAGCUCUAACUUUUGUUUGCAGUUUGAGGCCAAGCCCUGAGUUUGACAUUUGUAAAAAUGUAAUUAUGAUGUUGCCAUGCAAAUAAAAGAUAUCAGUCAGUGAUUUUGCAGUACUUCUAAAUAGGUAACUUACACAUUGUCAUUUAAAAUAUUAAAAUUUGUAAAAUCUGGAAAAAAAUUAAAUUAUAUUGCUCAUACUAAAAUUUAUCUAGAAUAUGAAUGAAUGUAUCCUGUGUAUUUUAUAAUUUUUGCAUUCUGUUGAGCGUAAUUUACUUGUAAUUACUAGAACAUAAAUUUAAAAAUUAUAUUUAUGAUUGACUUAUAUUUUAAGAAAAUUUCUGGUCAAUUAUUCUGUACGAAUUAUUACUUUACAAAUAAUUCUGAGUUUGAAAAUUUUUCGGUAUUAUUGUUAAAUGUGAUGUUUUAACAUCAUUAUCAUAGUGACUUGUUACAUUUGUUUGUGUGUAUUAUAGUAUAUACAUAUGAGAAUUUUGUUUGUGACCUUGGUUUUUUUCAAAGACAUUUAAUGCUACACUUUAUAGAACAUUAUAUGCAUUGUAAAUGCUUCAUUAUAUUUCAGUCAAACAGUCAAAAUUCACCCCAAAUAUUUUUAAUUUUAAGGUGGUGUACUUAAAUUGAAGUAAUUAUGCAGUGUAAUAAAUCAGGAUGAGACUGAGAAUUACUAUAGAUAAGUUGAAUUUUUAUGAUUUUGUAAAUUAUAAGAUUAAAUUAUAAUUCCUUACCUUAAUGUAAAUUGUAUUAUUUUUAUUAAACCACCUGCAAAUGCUACCAAAAA